AUGGCUUUGAGUAAAUCCGAAGAAAGCGUUGCAGUCGAACUUGAAAACGUACCUACAGACUCUAUUGCGAUUACCGAUGACGACUAUCGCCUCAAGAUCCACACGAAACUAGCCAUCAUCGCGCUGGCUAUCGCUUAUACUUGCUCAUCUGUUGCUAGUAUUGGGCCUGGAACUACGAUAUCUCAAGUUACCAGCGACCUUGGAGACCAGAAAGUGCAGUCCUGGAUCGCUAAUGUCAUUCUUUUGCCACAAGUUGGGUUCCAUCCAGUCUGGGGCCAACUGUCCGAUCGGUUUGGAAAGAAAUGGUUUAUCGUCGCUGGAUGCGCCUUUGGGAUUAUCGGAAGCGUUGUUGCCGGUAGCGCUACCAAAACUACAGUUGUCAUCGGCGCACAGGCUUUAAAUGGGCUAGGGUGCAGUCUUGUUCUCCUUGGAAUCCCAGCAGGCCUUGAGAUCACCCCUGCUAAGUAUCGAGCUUACACCAUGGCGGUUAUGAUCAUAAUUAAUAAUGUGCUAGUUAUCGCUACACAGUUGUCAGCGGGCGCUUUUGCAAAUAUGCCACCUGAUGGCUGGCGCUGGGUGUACCACUACAGUACUAUUUUUUGGGGCUUGGGUGGUCUAGGAGCGGCUUUUUUCUACCAUCCGCCGCCCACUCGGCUCCGGAGAGAGAGUACAGUAGCUGACGAAUUUAGAUCAAUUGAUUUUGCAGGAAUAGCACUUCUUCUUUCCGGAGUAGUGCUUCUGGUCACUGCUCUUACUUGGGGUGGCAACUCGUACCCAUGGAAAAGUGUUCAGGUCUUGCCUACUCUGAUUAUAGGCUCUGCUCUUCUAAUUGCGUUCUGUUUAUGGGGUAUGUUCAUCCCCUGGCCAUUCUACCUAUCUUUAUUUAUGAAGGAUACAGAGGCAUUCGGCACUCGGCAUGGGAUAAUUGAUAGCCGGUUUCUUGAGACGCGAAAUUUUCUCCUUCUCCUUGCCACUGUGUUCGUGGAUGGAGCCCUUCUCUAUGGUAUUAGCACAUACUUCCCUAUUGAAGUUAAUGCUAUUUUUUCCGACAAUCCGUUUCAAACGAAUAUCAAUUUGCUUCCAUAUACGUUACCACUCAUGCUAGGUUGUAUCGUACCUGCAUAUAUACUAGCGGGAAAAGGCCAUUACAGAACCUAUUUGACCGGCUCACUCGUAGUGAUCUCAAUCUUCUGUGGCCUGCUAACUUUAGUUACCCCAUCAAGACAUGCGAUGGCUCUUGUCUUUCUUGGAAUUAUCGGAUUCGGAAGUGGUGGCCCUUCAAUGCUCCCAGUGGUACUAGUAUCGUACUCGGUACCUGAGUUCCUACUGGGGACUGCUUCGACUGUUAUGACAUCGACUAGAGCGCUGGGAGGGAUUAUUGGGAUAACAAUAUUCACCGCCAUCUAUUCUAAUGCACUCUCAACAAAACUUCCUACUGCUGUUGCGGAAGCGGCUAUUGAGGCUGGCUUGCCAAAUUCGUCGCUUGCCGAGUUCUUACCAGCAUUUUUAGAGAAGGAUGCGAACCUUUUGACAUCCAUCAGUGGAGUGACAACACAAGUAUUAGUUGCUUGCACAAACGCUGCCAAAUCUGCCUCAGCAGUUUCGUUUCAAAAUGUAUGGUUCGUUAAUAUGGCAUUCGGUUUGCUGGCCGCGAUACUGAGCAUGUUUCUCCUGUCUGUGAAACACCGUAUGACAAAUCAUAUUGAGAGUGCUUUAGAACCUGGGAAACUGCGCGACGCGCAGUUUCAGAUUUCCGCUGACGUCGCCGACAAGCCAGUUACUGUGGUCAGGCCUAGUAGUGAGCGUAGUAUGGUCUAA